UGAUUCUCCGUAGCAUGCGGUCGCCCCUCCGGUGUUUCUGGGUGGGUGUGGUGCUGCUGUCUCUGGCUCCCUCCACCUUGACCUUCUCCAGCGGCGCCGGCCACGCCUCCUGUGGGGAGAUGAUUCCCGGCCACAUCCGCUCCCACCCCCGGGACGGGGGACGCGAACACAUCGCCCUGCGCGCAUCCGCCUCUUCUUACCUACCCGGACAGUUGGUGACAGUGACGGUACGAAGCUCUCGGGACUUCAUGGGCUUCCUGCUUCAGGCCCGUCGCGUGGAAAGCGCCAGGAAGGGGGUAGGACCCAGGAGGGGGGGUCCGGGGCUGGUGAGUGGCUCCUGGACCUUUGCGCCGCCCGGCACUCACACCCUGCGCUGCCUCUCCGAGGGCGACACCCUCACGCACUCGGACAAACAGCUGAAGAGGAACCUGUCUUUUGUGUGGCGAGCCCCCGAUGCGCCCGCGGGAGACAUCAGGUUCUACAUCACAGUGGUGCAGUCUUACUUUCUAUACUGGGCAAGCAUCGAGUCCGCGGUUGUCCGUGAUGGGAGUCGUGGUCCUCGGACUGGGAGUAACAUCACUGGAGACGAUGCAAGGAACUAUGCACAACAGGACAAGGAAGUUACCCCUCUGCCAGCAUCAAAUAAGGAAAUGAACCAGAGAGCCAGGCCUGCUGCGACCCUGGGAGCACCUACACCAACAAGCAGUGUAGAACAAAGCUACAGACCUCAGGAAACACAAACAGAAGCGUCGCGUCCAGUCUGGGAGGUAAACCCUCUGACAAACCAGGCGGUCAAUAAAAGAAAGAAGAGUUCCAUUAUUUGGGGUUUUAAUCAGAAUGCUACCAAAGGCAGUAGGAAGGACACUUAUACAACCGUCUCACAUGUCAGUGAAGAAGCAGAAUCAACUCACCAAGUUCUCGAAGGGGUGGAAACUGGUACUGACAUUUUGUCCAACAUCACCAGCCCCCUUUUCCUGCUCCAACCCAAUGCUUCCCUACUCCCUUUGAUGGAGGGUGAGAUUGAACGGAACUCUAAGGAUCUAAUACUGCCCAACGUUCCCGAAACAACGGUUAAUUCCAGUAGAACCAACGUACCUUCAACCAACCACGGCUUCCACAAUAUAAAACCCACCAUCCACGAUCCAUCUCAGAAUCGAAGGGAGACAAUUCCGGACCAAAGUAUAUCUGUAAAGUUUUUGAACCAAAGUAGCUUUUUGCAGCCCUGGAGGAUUACCAAGUCCCAAAUGAGUCUAAUCAAGAAUGAAAAGGGCCACCACUUCGUUCCUCAGCCCCAGAAUCUUCAACUUGAACCUUCUCCCCACCCCGAAACAUCUUCAGUCGAACCUAUUCUUCACUCUCCAACUAGUCCAAGCCAAACCUCUGCCUUCUUCCGUGAACCUUUAUCUAUGUCCCGAACCUCUCCACCACACAUUUUCCCAUCCAACACCCUUAUCCUGCAACCCAUGAGCAGUUUACCUCACCCUGAAAAGAGUCGACCCACAACUCAAUUUAGACAAACAACCGCUUCACCUCUGAGCAGACCUUCCCCACCUCAACCUGUGAGUUUUACCCAAGUCAUGACUCAAACUAUCCCAACUCUAACUCAUAGUCAAACUAGCUAUACCCAAACAGAACACUCCAAAUCUGUCCCAACGGCUGAGGCUUUGAGUAUCUCUCCCCAGCCAUGGUCCCUCCAAUGGUUCCGGCCCCCUUCCCAAACCGCUGACCCCCAGGUGCAUACCUUUGGUAGGAAGCCAACUCAAACAUCAGCAACUCUUCGAUCUAUCAACCUUCUGCACUUAACAUCAAGGGUUAGACUGGGUGAAGAUAAGAAAGUCAAAGGUCCUCUGUCUCAAGCAAAGCUGGAAUCCUCUGCAUCUCCUUCCCGUUUAGGGUCUACCUCCUUUUCCUCCAGCCAUGGAUGGCAUGCCUCUUCCCUUGUUCCCCCCACCACUCCUAUGUAUCUCUCCGAAGGUUCAGCCCCUUUAUCCAUACGUACGUUUUUCCACCAUGACUCUUUGUCAUCUUUACCCUUUCCCACCUCAAUGAAGAACCUACCCGAAACAGCUCCAGCCCUCAUUUCUCUCCCUUCUCCUUCCCCAAUCUCCAUUCCUCGUCAUUCGCCAGCUCAACCUUCCUCUACUUCCCCUCUACCAUCCUCCUUAACCUCUUCUACUGUAGGUCCUUCAAACUCCUCAGACUAUCCAUCCUUAUUACCCAUGAUUGCCUCAGCCCCUUUAUCUACUUCUUCCUCAUCUCCUUUCACCUCCUCCCAGACCAUCACAGGUUCAGCCAAUUCCUUGGCCUCUUUUCCGACCAUCUCUCCAGCCCUCAUUUCCUACUCAAUGUCCUCAUCAACCUCUUCCAUUUCUUCUCCCCCGUCCCCUCCCUCUUAUUACCCAUCCAUCGCUAGUUCCACCUCAACAUCCUCCUCCUCCUCAAACUUGUUUGCCACCUUUUCUUCGUCCCGGUCUACCGGCCCUCAGCCAGAACCCUCUCCAGCUCCCCGUCGCUCUUUCUACAACCCUCUAGCAUCUUUCACCCCCUCUCUUGUUCCUCCCCAACAACUCACCCCAGGUCACUGGAUGCCAAUCCAGAACCACAUCGAAUCAUCCAAUGCUGGAACCAACAGCGAUCUGCCAACACCAAGAACAGCGGUGCACCCAAACCUCGGCCCCAAGUUGAAACCAAACCUUCCCAAAACCGGCCCUGAACCCAAACCUCCCCCCAAGCCGCCUAGGACUCCAGACAAGAAGCAUCCAGACGUACCGCCCCGGCACAGCGCAUGGGAGCUGAGCAUGCUUCUUGGCUGCUCGGUGGGGCUGGGCACGGUGCUGGUGGUCUUAGUGAGGUACACUUGCCGCCAGGCCUGCGGCAAACAGACUCAGCUGACGCUGAAUGACAGAGAGACGGAGUACGGGAGAGGAGAGAGAGGGCUCCUUCACCUCCCAGAGGGUGGAGAUCUGGUCCGGGUCCGGAGAAUCAGGGAGAACAGUUUUGUGCUCCUGGCAGAGUAUGAUGUCCUCGCAUCCCCUGGAAACUGAAGGUUUGAGAUACUAAAAUCUACGCUACUGGAAGAGCAGAGGUUUUGGAGCCUGCAGCAACAUUAGGUUCAGUAAAGUAUCAAAUAAAGAAUGUAACGUCAUGAAUGGUAUCUAACUAGCCUAGCAUGAAUGGUACUACUAAUAAAGAAUUGACCUUUUCCAAUGGUAACUAACUAGCCUAACAUGAAUGGUGAUGCAAAUGAUGGACUUUCUUUAAUGGUAGCCGACCAGCCAAGAAUGAAUGUCCCAUUAACUAGCCAAGCUAGUUCACGGCAUUAUAAAAACAUGAAGAUAGUGGUCAUACCUUGAUGAAAAGGGUGUUUUAAUCUAAAUAUCCAACUUGUGCGAAAAUGUUCGUUUGUAGCCCCGAGAUUUAGGCCUCCAGCAUGUUUAGAGAAUUAAAGCAACAAUAUGCUUCUUAAUUGAAUGUAUGAUAUUUAAAGACGAGGCAAGGAUGAUUUCAAACUUUGACUUCUGCUCACCAACAUCAAACAUUUAUACUAAAUCUAAAAAAAAGUGUCAUUUGAAGUCAUAUGGAAGGAUGUUACAAUAAAGUAUA